CGAGGCCUUCUGGGAAAUAGAGUCCGGAUUAGACCCACACCCGGAUUGGCAAACGGCUGGGUAAAGAGCGGAGCGAGGGAGGAAGAGCCUCUUGUGAUUGGCGAAUCGGUAUCUCAAUCUGGACGUUUUAUUUGAGAGUCAACUCCGGGAGGCGGUUAUUCUUUCCUCCCGUUGGCUGAGUUAUUUGGGAGGCGGAGCUAACUAGCAAGCGGGGCCUGGAGACAGGGACGCUGAAAAGAAACCAGGAGAGACGCUCUUGUGGCGCACUUCCGGUGCGCUAAACUGAGAAAGAUGGCUGCGUCCCAGCAGCAGGCUGCAGCUGCUUCGUCUGCUGCGGGUGUGUCGGGUCCGGGUUCGUCUGGUGGCCCGGGUCCGCAACAGCAGGCGCAACCACCAGCACAGCUGGUGGGGCCUGCCCCGAGCGGGCUUUUGCAGCAACAGCAACAGGACUUCGAUCCGGUGCAGCGUUAUAAGAUGCUCAUCCCGCAGUUGAAGGAGAGUCUACAGACCUUGAUGAAGGUUGCAGCCCAGAACUUGAUUCAGAACACUAACAUUGACAACGGACAAAAGAGCAGUGAUGGACCCAUACAGCGCUUUGACAAGUGUCUGGAGGAGUUCUACGCACUCUGUGACCAGCUGGAGCUCUGCCUGCGCCUGGCCCAUGAGUGCCUGUCCCAGAGUUGCGACAGCGCCAAGCACUCUCCAACUCUGGUGCCCACGGCCACCAAACCGGACGCCGUGCAGCCGGACAGCCUGCCCUACCCACAGUACCUGGCGGUCAUCAAAGCCCAGAUUGCCUGUGCCAAGGACAUUCACACUGCUCUCCUGGACUGCGCCAACAAGGUCACGGGCAAGACGCCUGCACCACCUACAGGCCCUGGGGGCACCCUGUGAGCUGGCAGGGCUGGGAGUGGGCAGGCUGCUCGGGAAGGGGGCGGGGAGGGAAUGAAGAGUGACCUCAAAGCA